CCUUAAAAGAAACAAGUCAUUGCUAGAGCAAACAACAGUCACACUACGAGGACGAGUACUCAGGCAGACACGCAGGAAUACCACUACAGACAUCAACAACCCCAAAAAUGGAAAUCUACCGCCUAGCCGCUGUACAGGAUGCCAAUGGCAGCAUCACCAAAAAGAAAAUCUACAACGACGCAGUCGACUCUUCCCUUUCUUCCAAAGGCAGUCCUCUCUUCUCCUCAUGGCUGCCCCUUAUCCACAACAGCCUCUCUUCUCUCCUACGCUGGACGGGGACUUACCCGGCCGAGGUACAGGAGUCCCACCUCGCUUUCGUGCGUGAUGUCGUGGUCCCUCGCCUCAAACCGCCUGCCGCGGCCGACAGGCUGCACUACAUUGGGACGCACAAUCAUGGCAUUUACGAAGCAAGCCUCGCCUUUGCGUCUCACAAACCAGCCAGGGUGCGUUUUACGGUGCAGCCUCUAGUAGAUCCCAGCCCUGCACAGGGCGGUGACCUUUUGGGCCAGAAGGCAUUGCGCAGCAUACUGGACGGUAUGGCGUCUGCAUGCAGUGCGGACCGCACGUGGCUGGAUGCCUUUGUCAACUCCGUCUUCCUCACUGCCGAAGAGGAGGUGGCCUUGGUCGGCAAGAGAGCGAUGGCCGCCACCAGUGGAGAUGCUGAUGCUGCUGAUGGGCCGCUGCGGCAGAACGGUUUUAUCGCAUUCGAUCUCGAGGCCAAUAUGGGCGAGAACGAGAAGGCGGCCACCGUCAUGAAGGCGUACCUGUUCCCGCAGCUCAAGGCCGUCGCAACAGGCCAGAAGACAGUCAAUAUGACAGAUUCAAUCGUGAGGCGGCUUGCUGACGGCGACAAGGAGAUGUUGGCAGCCUGGGAACUGGUCAAAACGUUUCUUAUCACCGACGGUGGGGAAAAGACCAACAUAGAUUUCCUCGCCAUCGACUGCCUGGCACCCGCCAAUGAGCCUCGCUUCAAGAUAUACACCUCCACCCGCUUCAAGUCGCUUGCCGCGGUUCGUGAAGUCUUCACUCUGGGUGGCCUUCUUCCCCGUUCCUCAGCCGACUUUCUGUCACAAAUAUGGCCCCAGCUCAUGGACAUGGAAGACGUUCCCCAGGCUGCAAUGGAAGACCUGGAAAAGCCGCUCAACAAUCCCGAUAGCCAUCACAAAGGGGUUGGGUUUGCUUUCUCAGUGGUGCCAGGCCAGGCAGUUCCUCAAAUCAAGAUGUACGUGCCUAUGUGGCAGUUCGCGCGUGACGAGACCAGAAUCGUGGAGUGCUACCAGCGUGUGCUCCAGACGCAGGGGACAAUGGGGGAUUACGACAUUAACGCUGCUAUCCAGGGCGCUUUUGAAAAACAGAGAGAGACAAGCCUACAUACUUUUGCAUCUAUUAUCUCUUCUGCAAAGGGCUUGGAACUCACUACCUACUUAGGGCCUAGGGUUUGGGAGUAAGCUUUACCGGUUUGCUAUUCUAGUAAAUACCUUCAGUAUAAUGUUACUGCUGUUAGCCUGGGAGAGAAUAUUGUACUAGGCAUCUGUAUUAGUGUAGCUUAGGUUUUUAAGGCUAAUGAAUAUACAUAACAUAG